GGGACAAGGCCUGAUAGACCGGAAGGGACCUGGAAAGGUGGGGGGCCUGUGGGCCCUUGCGGUUUUUGUGCCGGGAUUAGAGGCAGAGCGGAGGGCGUUGGAGGGGUCAACAUAGCAGCAGUGAGUUGAGCAGUUCUGGAUCAGCCCAGAUCAGCACUGGGGAGGGGGGCUGGAGGGCCCAGACCUCCAUCCAGUGGGAUUCCCCUCGCUCCCUCGCAGACUUUUCCCUUUUCUCACAUUCCUGGGCAGAGGCAGACGGCCCGAAUGCCAGCCCUGGCCUCCGUCAGCCCAUGGGCGUUUUAUAAGAGCUGUGUCCCAGAACCCUGGUGGUGUAGUGGUUAAGUGCUGCAGCUGCUAACCAAAGGGUCAGCAGUUCAAACCUGCCAGACGUUCCUUGCAAACUCUAUGGGGAAGUAUUACUCUGUACUGUAGGGUCGCUAUGAGUCGGAAUGGACUCGACGGCACUGGGUUUGGUUUUUUGGUUUGUGUCCCAGAAUAGUUGUCAGGGUGCCCAGAGGCCAGGGACCUGGAAGUCAUCUCUCAGGAUGCUUGAGGGAACUGAGUAUGUUUAGCCUAGAGUUGAAGACCUGAGACGGGGGGGCUUGGGGGGGAUGGAUGGAUGAAGGUGAAGGAGCCUGUCCUGUGCCUCAAGGAUGAGGGUCUGUGGACAGGUGUGGCCACAGUCACACGUUGAGGCUCUCACUGUGUCCCUGUUUGUGCUGACAUUGCCUGUGUACUCCUUGUGAUACCCCUAGGAGACAGGUGGUCAGAAGCCCCCGUGGGUUCAGAGGCUUGGCCAGGGCACCUGAAUCCAGGACUUCACCCUGAGCUCUCCCCAGCCUGAGUGCUGAGAACCUCCUAACCGCAGACUGGGCUAGCGGACGACCAGUGGCUGGGGUGGCGAGGUACCCUAGAACCAAGGCAUUCAACUAAAAAUUGAGAAAUAUCACAGAGGUGGCACAGGACUUCGUGUUGGGUGGGAGCAGCACCAAAGGUCUGCUGCAGUGGCUCCUUUGGGUUCUGGUUCUGUGGCCUGGGAAGCCCAGGACCAACCUUGUCAGGAGCCAUGGGGUUCUCAUUUCCAGAACGCCUAAAGUCAACAACCUAAAGCGUGCCAGAAUCACUGGGAAGUCUGAAAAUACAGAUUCCUGGGCUCGGACAUCCUGGGAGCACACCAGACUUGAUAUUGAUUUACUAGAUCUCCAGCAGGACAGGAACCCAGCGCUGAGCAGCUUUUCAGCUGAGGACAGACAACAUUUGUCCCCAAUUUACUGAAAAAGGAGCUCUGGUGGCAUAGUGGUUAAGAGCUCUACCACUAACCAAAAGGUCAGCAGUUCAAAUUCACCAGCUGCUCUGUGGAAACCCUACAGGGCAGUUCUGCUCUGUUCUCUAGAAUUGCUGUGAGCUAGAGUCACCUUGAUGGCAACGGGUCUGGUUUUGGUUUUUUACUGAAGAAAGUGCUGCCUGCUGCAGACCCCUCGUUAAAGCUAGCUCUUCAUGGAGAAUAAAGCUUGGUUGUGCUGGGUUCUUGCUCCCCACCCCCUGCCCAAGGCCAGGAAUAUCCUGCCUAGAGGUGGUUGUGGGGGCAUUUCUGUGUACUCAGGACCCCCUUCCAUUACCAUCUUUAAACAACUGUUAGAUUUGCAGUUUUUACUAAAGAGUUACUGGGAAUGGUAAUGUUUGUUGCAAAUACCUCUGUGAUCCAUUCCUGCAGACUUGACUUGGUAAAAAAAAAAAUUUUUAAAGCUGGUGUUUAAUGGCUCACUUGUAGUCACAGCCACACGCAGUGUGAGGACACCAAACCUCAGUUUGAGGCCUGAGUCUCACGCAUGGCUCAGAGGUGGAGAUGGGAAGAACAACGUAGAAAUACUACUGCUUGAUUCUUGAUGUUUUAUAUUCGCUAUAAAGCAUGGAUUUUUUUUUUUUUUUUUUUGUCUUUCUUACCAGUGUUGUUUGUAAACUUACUUUUUAAGCCAUGGUGCUAGGGCUUCAGGUCUUUGUAUUUUCAAAGGGGACUUUGCUUGUGAACGCUGAUGAGUCUCUGCCCUGGCGAAUCUAGGGCUGGCUGGGGUCCCAGGCUGCCGGGCGCACAGGGCUGUCUCCUGCAGACCCCUGCCACCCCCUCUCUGCUCCUCCCACCCCAGCCUCUCCCAGCGGGUCCCCAGGUAGAGGGGAUGGAGCCAGCCGACCCCGAGCUGUGCCCGCAGGUUCGCAUAACUUUCAAGGACGUGGCUGUGCGGUUCUCACAGGAUGAGUGGCGGCUCCUGGAGGAGGGACAGAGGGUCUUCUACCAAGAUGUGAUGCAGGAGAACUACUCAGCGCUGGCCUCGCUGGGGUGACAGUCCCCUCAUUCCUCAUCCAGGGGCUGCUGAGCUGCUCCCACUGUCUGCUUUCCUGUCACCUACGGAGCCAGAAGGAACCAUGGGGGGUGGGAGCCAUGCUGAUGAGGAGCAGGAGUCCCAUGGCCAGGGAGGCUCCUCAGGAGGAGUGACAAGGUGCAGUCUACCCCUGUCCGCCCUGGUACAGCUGGUGAAGGAGAUCCCAGAGUUCCUCUUCCGGGAAGUCCCAGGCACUGACAGCCCCGAGGGUGGCAAGGCCAGUGUGGACAGCGUGCGGGCGAGCCCAGCAGCAGAACCUCCUGGCGGACCAGGGUCUACAGGGAAGGAAAGCCUGGGGGUCCUGGGCAGCAAACCCUGGGUGCCCUUGUGCAGCCCCAACAGGGGGCAGAGCCACUGGAGCCAGGAGAGGGAGGCCCUGGAGCCAGGACUUUCUGCUGGGAGCAGCCCCCUGCAGGGCCUCAUCGACUGCCUGAGAGAAAUCCUCGUGCCAGGCCCCCAGCAUCCCAAAGUGCCCCCAAGCAGACUGCGCCCCCACCCCACCCUGAGCAGUUGGAGGCUCACCCGGCUAGAGCCAGCACCCAGGAGGCCCGCCCCAGAAGUGAAGGUGGAGGCAGCUCCAGGGGCCUGCGCCCUCCAGGGUCAGCUGGGCCACCUAAAGGAGACUCCAGGGGCCUCAGGAACAGGGCAGCCACCGCAGCAGGAAGAGCCAAUGGCCUGGGAACAAGGUUCUGGAGCCAGCAGGGCCUCAAGCUCCCCUCUGGAAGCCCUAGAGGCCUGUCUGAAGGGCAUUCCUCUGAGUGUGUCAUCACCCCCCGAGCCAUCCACCGCCCCUUGGUCUUGGAGCCCCCAGCAAGGACCCCCGGGGUCUCCAAAGCCCAAGCUGAGGCCCCACGAAUUACACAGCACAGAGAUGACCAUGGGGCCUCUUCUUCCUCUGGGCCUGCAGGGUCCUGUCAGAGACCACCCUGCCUGCCACCCAAUCCUCUGUGGCAGCGCUGACAGUUCCUCCUCGCCCAGCAGCACUGAUGGGGACCUGGAUUUCCGGAGUCCUGAGGGAAGCCAGAGGCACCGCCCCAGAAGAGGAAGCCCACUGGGAAGCUCCCUGCCCCAAGGCCUGGAAAGACACCACAGAGAGAGGCCACAGCCCACCUGCCCUUGGCCCUCAGGUGCAGAGCCCAGGACCCGGACAGCACCCGAGGAAGUGGUGUUCGCCAAGCCCUCCCCGCUGCACUGCCUGGAGAACUCUCUGGAGGGCAUGCUGCCCGCGCAGCCCCUGUGCUUCACCUGCUUGGCCAGCCCCAGCCCCAGCCCCAGCCUCAGCAGCUCAGAAGGAGAAGACCAGAGGCUGGAGCCCGAACCAGGACCCCUGCGUCUCCAGGGCCGUGUCAUUGCAUCCGCACGUCAGAAUGGCUCUGGCAGGUGCUCCAUGUCCAUGUCCAAGACUCGAAUUCACACCUCCCUGCCCACUGCAGGGCCGUCUGCGCCUCUGCGUGCUGCCCGUCGGCUCGAGGGGAGGCCUGGGCCCUGCCAGCCUGCUGGACCCACCCCUGGAUCCGGGGCCUGGAGACUCAGGGGCCUGGAGCCUGGACACAGCAGCCCACCUGUCACAGGUGAGGUGGUAGCAGGGUGCACCUUGCCAGAGAUCUCUGGGGAGAGAAACAGUCCUCACUGCCGACAAGCUCCGAGCAGUCCUCCUCUGGUUCCAGCCAGCUCUGAGGGGGGAUUCCUCACCACAGCCUUGCCUGAGUCACCACCCCUGGUUCCUGCCACCUGCACCCAGCCACCGUGCCCCUGCACAGACCUCCAGCAGGAGCUGCGCAGGCUUGGUGCUGCCCUCUCAGGGAAGCUGGACUGGCUUGCCACCACCCUGGCCAGCCUGUCGAGAGACAUGGCUGCUGUGAAGGACCAGGUGAAUCAGGUCAGGCGGCAUCUGCAGGGCCGCAAGCUGAAGGGCUGGGCUUCCUGGCUGAGGCCUGGUGCUCACAGGUGCCCACCCUACCGGAGACUCACAGGUCCCGCCAGGCCCAGACCCAAGCUGCUGCGGGGGCUGGGAGACGGUGGCUCUGCAGGGUCCCCCAUGGGGAAGCGGCCUCCUCCAGACACACCACCAGCUUUAGCCAUACCUUCAGGACCCACCUGUGGCUGUGCAGUCAGAAUCGUGCAGCCCCCCAAGAGCCCCUACCCAUCUCCAGUGCCUGGCUCGGUGUCCUCCCCAACCAGCCCACCUCCUGAGGCCAUUGCAGAGGUGGGACCCCCGUCUGCCAUAGCUGCACCAGCCACCAUCCUAACUUGGCCCAUGGACACAGGGGAAGCCCAGGGGACUGUGCCCAGGGGGCCCUGGGGAGGCGGGCGUAGAGACCCAAGGUGGGGGGCCCUAAGUUCCUCCCCAGUCCUGCUGAGAAUGCUCCCAUCGCCCCCACCACCCCCAGGGGGGGCACCCUGCCCCUCCAUCCCAGCACCCACGGUCCCCUUCUCGUUGCCCUUCUGAAGCCCUUUGCCCUGACUGGCCUGGACCCUCAGGAUGGUGUUUGCUCAGGGAGGAUAUUGUGGGAUCGGGGUCCUCAGCCAUGCCUCUGUCUCUCCUGGCUCAGGUUCAAUGAAAUGUUGCUGACCUUUCCCUGAUCUUCCCACUGGCCCUGCCAAAUCUACAGGGUGUGUGUGUGUGCUGUGCUGUGUACAGUAAAUACGUGUGGGUGUAUAUGAGGGUAUGUGCAGUGCAUAUAUCCAUGUGUGUGACGGAUAUGUGUGCACAUUUGUGCUCUGUUGUGUGCAGUGUCUGUGCAUAUGUGUGUGUGAGGGCUAUGUGUGCUGUGUUUGCAGUACGUAUGUGUGUGCAUGUGUGCAGUAUAUACAUGUAUGUAUAUGUGUGAGGGGUGUGCAAGUGUGUACGUGUGUGCAGUGUGCUCUGCAUAUGUGUGUAUAUGAAGGUGUGCGUGUGGUGUGUGUAUAGGUGAGGGCUUUGUAUGCAUGUGUGUGUGUGCUGUGUUAUGUGUGCACACCCCAUGUACACACAUGGCUCUGUGUAGCUGUGGAUGUACAACCACCUCUUUCCAUCCCCCCAUCCUGCUCUCAGAGCACUGUGGUUUGGGUCUUGCCCUCUGGGAGGAAAUGCCAACAGACUACUGGGGCAGAACGCUAACCCUUGGUCUAUGCUGGACUAACCCUUGUGGAUUCAAGAAUUAACAGCAAAGGCCCAUGGCUCCUAUAGAAGGGGAUGAUGGGCUCUGACCAGUUACCACAUUACCACUUAGGCAAGCAUGGUAUUCCAGGAGGGCCUGGGCUGCCCCUGUCCUCAUGGGAGGAGAAGGCCUGAGCCAGACACACCACCAGCGUGACCACUGCCUCCGGGUCACGUCCUCCCACCCUGAGUUCCCAAAAUCUCUCAUCAAGUGAGGCAGCUUCAGGGCCCAGGGAGGAAAGGUCCUCCGUGGGUUCUCCCAAAGCUGCUGUCGGGGAGCAGAGGAUUGGCUGCCAGUGGUGCAGCUUGGGGAGUGUGGGCUCCUCCCCUUGAAAACACCUGGGCAGCUAUGGCUGCUGGGCCAAGCUUCCCACAGCAAACAAGGCCCAAGAGGCUGGCAUCUGGCAUGGGGGCUCCAUGCAGCGCCCCUUCCUCUUGGGGUGCCUCAGGGAGGAGCGGGCUACAGGCCUAGAGCCCAGGAAGGUGGCUCGAGGUGGACAAGCUGCUCCAGAAAGGGGUGGGGAAGCAUGCUGAGGAUAAGAAUGACCCUGAAAUGACUCGUGGGACUGAUGCCCAUCUGAUCACAGCAGGGUGCUGCUUGAAAUAGAGUAGACAAAGUCUCAAAGCCUCCACUGCGGAGAUCCCACAAAGACUGACCAUGGAUGAGGAAGCAAAGUGAGGCACGUUCAGAGCUGACAGAGCCAGGGCCAGCCUGGUGGAGGGGAUGGAGACAGGACCCACAGGUACAGUGCGAGUGGCUGUCUAUCCUCAUCCUCUCUCCCUCCUGUCUUCCCCCCAUGCUCAGCAGAGGAUAGGCCCACCAUGGACCUUGGUAUCGCACUGGGGGAAUUUGUCUUUACAAAUGUUAGCCAUCGCACAAAUCCUAUGGAGGGGCGUAAAUGAACAGACGGCUCAGAGAACAUUGACUUCCUCACAGUCAUGCGGCCAUUCAGUGUCAGAGCCAGGACUGGAGCUCAUCUCUGCACCCUGCACUUUGCACAGAGCCUUUCACAGCUGUUAACUGAAAACCUUGUAGAACCAACGAUUUGGUGAAAAAUCCUGGGUGUCAUCUACAACUUAACAUCUCUCUUUCAUCCAUUCUACAGGGCUACAGGGCUGUUUUAAGGAAGAAAGUAGUUGGUUACUUUGACAUAAGAAGAGGGGCCUUUUGAACUAGAGACUGAGGUUGAGUGGGGGGAGGCGGUGGGCAGAGAAGGCCUCAGCUCUCCACACUCAAGCCCAGGGGCAACCGAGAACCUUCCCUCCCUCUCCUUGAGCUUCAGGGAGGCCUGAAAACUCCCCUGCUGUAUGCCACCCACCAGGGACCACCUGUAAACAGAAAAAGCAACAUCCACUUCAGCACAUCAUUAUAGGGACAAGCUCCCCCAGACCUCUGUUGCCGGGAACACCCUUGAGGGGCCCAGUGGGAGGGAGACCUAUGGAGGAGGGCUGUGGUGCCCCAGGAAGCCAUUGCCUCCUGAAGGAGCCUGGCAUGGGGAAGGUCAUACUUUGGCCUUUUUGUGUCCUUGUGUUUAGCUGUGGCUCCUAGAAACAGUAGUUGGUGCAUUUUAUCUUCUAAUCCAGCUUGACAAAUUUCAUUCUUGGAGCCCUUAAUGGAGUAUCCCACAUCAUGUAAUUAAGAUAAAAUUAGGUUUCAAUACUCCACUUGUGUGUUUUAUGUCAGUCCCAUGUGUUCUGAGGCUUUUUCCUCCAUUCCUGCCAUCUUUUGUAUUGACAGUGUGUUUUUUUAAUCAUCCUAUUCUUCCUACUAGCCUCGAAAUUUAAAGAACUAAAUGGAGAAACAUCCAGAUUUGCAAUCAUAUUUGGGAGAUAUUCAUAUAGCUUUCUUAGAAAGUGUUGGGACAGGAAAACUAAAUCAGGAAGGAUAGAAAAGAUCUGAAUAUGCCAGUUAGCAAAAUUGAUCUGAUUGAUAAAGAUAUAGAACAUUGCACCAUAGGACUGCAGAAUAUACAUUAUUUUCAAGCAUACAUGAACUUUAUGAAAACAGACCAUGUACAAGCCCCAGCGCAACUUUAAGCAAAUUUAAACGUAUUGAAAUUAUAGUCUGUUCUCUGUUCAUACUUUAGCUUGUCAGCUAGAAAUUUAAAAAUUCUUAACAUACUAAAAAUAAGAAUUAUGCUGCUUGAUAACCUGUGUCAAUGGAUAAAUCAUAAUGGAAAUUAGAAAAAAAUUGAUCUAAGAAAGUAUCAAAACUUCUAGGAUAAAACUCAGUUCUUAGAAAUUUAUAGGCAUAAACCAGUAUGUGGAAACAAAGCCUGAGAAGGCACAGGAGUUAAAAUAGGAUACCUGUAAAGGUAAGAGGCAAAAUAGCAUGCAAUUAUAGGUAUUAUCAAUAAAACCAAAAAGUCUUUAACAAAACAAUAACAUUUCCUAGCCUGUGGUGAAAUUCACCAAAAAAAGGGCACAAAUAACCAAUUUCAGGGAUUAAAAAGGUGACAUCACUACAGAUGCUGCAGACUAGGAAGACGACCAGGUGAUACAAGCAAUGUCUCCAAAAAUUUGGAAGUUCAAGUAAAAUAUAAAGUUCCUACAAGAACAUAACACAAAAUAGAUGCAAGAAGAAAUAGAAAACCUGAACACUCCCAUGCAGUUGAAAGAAAAUUGCAUCUGUGAACAGACAUCUUCCUACGAAGGAAACUACAGGCCCAGAGUCUUCACUGCUAAAUUCUACCUCACAUUUAAGGAGAAAAUGAUGCACAAGCUAUUCCAGAGAGCACAAAAUAUGGAAUGCUCUCAUAACCUUGGUACUGAAACUUGAGGACAGUAUGAGAAAAGAAAACCAUACGUUCAUCUUGAACAGUGUAUGUGGAAGUAAAAUAGCAAGUGACCCAGCAAUAUAUAAAAAGAAUCAAACAUCAUGGCCACUAUGGGUUUAUCUGAGAGGUCCAAAGAUGAUUUAACAUUUGAAAAUCACCAGUGGUAAACACAGUAGCAAGGAGGAAAGAUCGGGGCAGUCAUCCUAACAGAUGCAGAAAGAGUCAAUGUUCACAGAUACUCUGAGAAAGGAAAUUCCCUUAAUUUGAUAAUGAUUAAACCCAAAACCCAUUGCUGUGGAGUGGAUUCCAACUGCUAGCGACUCUAUAACAGGAGAACUGCCCCAGAGUUUCCAAGGAGCGCCUGGUGGAUUCGAACCGCCGACCUUUUGGAUACCAACAGUAGCACUUAACCACUACACCACCAGGUUUUCCUGGUAAGGAUUAUCUACCCCUAAAGGAGCUUAUAGCAAACAAUGCUUAAAGGUAACAUGUUGAAGUCUUUCCUCAGAUCAGGAACAGGACGAGGAGGCCCACCCACUCUCAGUAUGAUUCUGCGCUGUAGUUGAUGGGCUAGCUAGGGUGGUAAGGCAAGAAAACAGCAAUAAAAGGUGUGAGGAACUGCAAGGAGCAAAAAUGACAGGUGAGGUGACGACUAUACACAGAAAAUCUGUGGAGAAACUAAGAUAGUUUAUAAGGUAACUACAAAACUAGUACACCAAAACGAGUUGUAUUUGCAUAUAUCAACAACUAGGAUUUGAACUGACAACUUUUUGCUUAGCAGCCAAAUGCUUAACCACUGCACCACAAGGCCUCCAGCGGAAAAUAAAAAUUAAAGUUUUAUUUAUGGUAACAAAAAAUUCAAGAAUCUAGGGAUAAAUCCACAGGAGAAAAUUGCUGAGCACUUUUUAUGAUUUCCUCCAUUCCUCACUCCUCAUUAACAGCAUGAAAAAAGCAGCUGCCGUCCGUCGGCGUAGGUAUGAAUUAGCACUAUGUUACCCUCCUUCAGCAAAUGAGGAAACAAGCACAGAGAGAUUAAGACCUUGCUCAAGGUCACACAGCUAGUGGGUGACAGAGUCAUUCUUUGGCUGGUGUAGUCAGCAAGAAUCACUGAAAGCUGGACCUUUAAACAAGAUUUGCUGAGCUGGGGCAAUUCAGGGAGGAGAAAUAAAUUUUGGUUUAUUUUUUAAACGACUAACCUGCAACGUGUAUUCAUAUGUUAAUUUGUUGGUGUCUGGCGAGAGGUCAGACGUGUCCAAAGGAGAGGUUCUGUGACCAGCUCCAGGGACUGUGGGGAGGGAGGGGUCGUGGACUCCCUGAAAUGCAAACCUGCUUCUCGGCAUAUUUUCCCGGGGAGAAAUUAAAACCCCUUAACAAAGCGAACAGUAGCCCAUAUGGGAGCCGCCGGUCUGGGGAAUUCACAAGGCCCCUCCCGCCGGGACGUGCUUGCGUCCCUUUCCACGCCUUCACCGGUGAUCGCUCUCCCCCACGCCAGCCUGUGGCUGCGUUUUCCCUCGUGAGGCUGACUGCGAGCCCGGAGCGGAUGUGGAGUAGCCGCCACUAAAAGCUACAUGUUACAAUAAGGCUGUUAAAAUAGGGCAAAUGUAAUUAUGUGGCCCCCACCAGGCAGCUAACCCGGGUAGCUGGAUUCAGGCGGCAGAGAAGAAAACGGGUGCCUGCUGUACCCAGUCUGUGGUUUAUGCUUCUGGUGUUAACACCACCUCCUCAAAGCACAGCUCUGGAAAGGUGGUGUCUGAGGCACAAGGCACACUAGUAGGGACGUGUUUUGAGGUGGACAGGCCGUUAGAGGCCCUUUUCCCCACCGCGCGAUUUAGCAAGAGCUGCCUUCCAGAACCCCCACGUGUCUGUCAGUUUGUCCUACUGUGGGGGCUUGCAUGUUGCUGUGAUGCUGGAAGCUAUGCCACCGGUAUUCAGAUACCAGCAGGGUGACCCAUGGAGGACAGGUUUCAGCUGAACUUCCAGACUAAGACAGGCUAGGAAGAAGGACCCGGCAGUCUACUUCUGAAAAACAUUAGCCAGUGAAAACCUUAUGAAUAGCAGGGGAACAUUGUCUGAUACAGUGCUGGAAGAUGAGCCCCCCAGGUUGGACGGCACUCAAAAGAUGACUGGAAAAGAGCUGCCUCCUCAAAGUAGGGUCGACCUUAAUGACGUUCAUGGAGUAAAGCUUUUGGGACCUUCAUUCGCUGAUGUGGCACAACUCAAAAUGAGAAGAAACAGCUGCAAACAUCCAUUAAUGAUCGGAACCUGGAAUAUAUGAAGUAUGAAUCUAGGAAAUCUGGAAAUGGUUAAAAAUGAAACGGAAGGCAUAAACAUCGAUAUCUUAGGCAUUAGUGAGCUGAAAUGGACUGGUAUUGGCCAUUUUGAAUCGGACAAUCAUAUAGUGUACUAUGCUGGGAAUGACAACUUGAAGAGGAAUGGUGUUGCAUUCAUCGUCAAAAAGAACAUUUCAAGAUCUAUCCUGAAGUACAAUGCUGUCAGUGAUACAAUAAUAUCCAUAUGCCUACAAGGAAGACCAGUUAAUACGAUUGCUAUUCAAAUUUACGCACCAACCACUACGGCCAAAGAUGAAGAAAUGGAAGAGUUUUUAUCAGCUGCUGCAGUCUGAAAUUGAUCAAACAUGCAAUCAAGAUGCAUUGAUAAUUAUUGGCGAUUGGAAUGAGAAGGUUGGAAACGAAGAAGGAUCAGUAGUUGGAAAAUACGGCCUUGGUGAUAGAAACAAUGCCGGAGAUAGACUGAUAGAAUUUUUCAAGACCAACGACUUCUUCAUUGCAAAUACCUUCUUUCACCAACAUAAACGGCGACUAUACACAUGGACCUCGCCAGAUGGAACACACAGAAAUCAAAUUGACUACAUCUGUGGAAAGAGGCAAUGGAAAAGCUCAAUAUCAUCAGUCAGAACAAGGCCAGGGGCCAACUGUGGAACAAACCACCAAUUGCUCAUAUGCAAAUUCAAGCUGAAACUGAAGAAAAUCAGAGCAAGUCCACGAGAGCCCAAGUAUGACCUUAAGUAUAUCCCACCUGAAUUUAGAGACCAUCUGAAGAAUAGAUUUGACUCAUUGAACACUGGUGACCGAAGACCAGACGAGUUGUGGAAGGACAUCAUACAUGAAGAAAGCAAGAGGUCAUUGAAAAGGCAGGAAAGAAAAGACCAAGAUGGAUGUCAGAGGAGACUCUGAAACUUGCUCUCGAACGUCGAGCAGCUAAGCAAAAGGAAGAAUUGAUGAAGUAAAAGAACUGAACAGAAAACUUCAAAGGGCGUCUCGAGAAGACAAAGUAAAGUAUUAUAACGAUAUGUGCAAAGAGCUUGAGAUGGAAAACCAAAAGGGAAGAAGACGCUCGGCGUUUCUCAAGCUGAAAGAACUGAAGAAAAAAUUCAAGCCUCAAGUUGCAAUAGUGAAGGAUUCCAUGGGGAAAAUAUUAAAUGACGCAGGAGGCAUCCAAAGAAGAUGGAAGGAAUACACAGAGUCAUUAUACCAAAAAGAAUUAGUCGAUGUUCAACCAUUUAAAGAGGUGUCACACGAUCAGGAACCGACGGUACUGAAGGAAGAAGUCCAAGCUGCUCUGAAGGCAUUGGUGAAAAACAAGGCUCCAGGAAUUGAUGGAAUAUCAAUUGAGAUGUUUCAACAAAGAGAUGCAGCGCUGGAGAUGCUCACUCGUCUAUGCCAAGAAAUAUGGAAGACAGCUUCCUGGCCAACUGACUGGAAGAGAUCCAUGUUUAUGCCUAUUCCCAAGGUGAUCCAACAAAAUGUGGAAAUUAUAGAAAAAUAUCAUUAAUAUAACACUCCAGCAAAAUAUUGCUGAGGAUCAUUCAAAAACAGCUGCAGCAGAAUAUCGACAGGGAACUUCCAGAAAUUCAGGCCGGUUUCAGAAGAGGACAUGGAACCAGGGUUAUCAUUGCUGAUGUCAGAUGGAUCCUGGCUGAAAGCAGAGAAUACCAGAAGGAUGUUUACCUGUGUUUUUUUGACUAUGCAAAGGCAUUCGGCUGUGUGGAUCAUAACAAAUUAUAGAUAACAUUGCAAAGAAUGGGAAUUCCAGAACACUUAGUUGUGCUCAUGAGGAAACUUUACAUAGCUCCAGAGAAGUUUGUUCAGACAGAACAAGGGGAUACUGACUGGUUUAAAGUCAGGAAAGGUGUGCGUCAGGGUUGUAUGCUUUCACCAUACCUAUUCAAUCUGUAUGCUGACCAAAAAAUCUGAGAAACUGGACUAUAUGAAGAAGAAGGGGGCAUCAAGAUUGGAGGAAGACUCAUUAACAACCUGCAUUAUGCAGAUGACACAACCUGGCUUGCUGGAAGUGAAGAGGACUUGAAGCACUUACUAAUGAAGAUCAAAGCCCACAGCCUUCAAUAUGGAUUGCACCUCAACAUAAAGAAAACCAAAAUCCUCACAACUGGACCAACUGGAUUUCAUUUUACUUGAAUCCACAAUCAGCAGCCAUGGAAGCAGCAGUGAAGAAAUCAAGAGAUACAUUGCAUUGGGUAAAUGUGUUGCAAAGGACCUCUUUAAAGUGUCAAAGCGCAAAUAUGUCACCUUGAAGACUAAGGUGCGCCUCACCCAAGCCAUGGUGUUUUCAAUUGCAACAUACGCAUGUGAAAGCUGGACAAGGAAUAAGGAAGACCGAAUAAGAAUUGACGCCUUUGAAUUGUGGUGUUGGGGAAGAAUAUUGAAUAUACCAUGGACUGCCAGAAGAACGAACAAAUCUGUCUUGGGAGAAGUACAACCAGAAUGCUCCUUAGUAGCAAGGAUGGCGAGACUGCGUCCUACAUACUUUGGACAUGUUGUCAGGAGGGAUCAGUCUCUGGAGAAGGACAUCAUGCUUGGCAGAGUACAGGGUCAGCGGAAAAGAGGAAGACCCUCAAGGAGGCGGAGUGACACAGUGGCUGCAACAUGAGCUCAAGCGUAACAAGGCUUGUAAGGAUGGCGCAGGACCCGGCAGUGUUUCCUUCUGUUGUGCGUAGGGUCCCUAUGAGUCCGAACCAGCUGGAGGGCACCUAACAACAACAGCAGCCUUCCGGAAGUUUCCGCCGGCCGGAGGAGACUGGUGCGUGUAACACCGCCUUUUCUCACCCUCAGCGUGCGUAUCUGAGAGCAGAUGACA